GACGAGUAAGAGUAUUCUUCCUAGUCAUGAUGGCACUCAAACCCCUUCACUUCUUCUCCUUGGUCUUCCUUGUUUUCCUAGCCCUUUCUUCCGUCGCCAAUGCCAAGCGACAGAUGCCGAGUGAUCAAAAACCCUCGUCGUUUGACUUCAUCAAACACUUGGAAGGGUGUCACAAGGGCAACAAAACUAAAGGGAUCCACCACCUCAAACACUAUCUCCACCAAUUCGGUUAUCUUGAUUAUCCUAACCAAAUUCACGCCAAUGACGAUGAUUUCGACGAUCUCCUUGAAUCCGCCCUCAAAACCUACCAACACAACUAUCACAUCAAGCCUACGGGGACGUUAGACACUGAAACCAUCACAAAAUUGGUCACCCCUCGAUGCGGGAACCCCGACAUCGUUAAUGGUACCAACACCAUGCUCCCCAGGUCGAAGAAAACACAAAAUUCAAGCUCGAGCCCGAGCUCCAUCCACACAGUAUCUCAUUAUAGUUUCUUUCGUGGAAACCCGAGAUGGCCCCCUUCUAAAACACAUCUGACUUAUGGGUUCUCAGCCAACACCCCUACCAACGCCAUAGACCCCGUCGUCCGUGCGUUUGAGAAAUGGGAUUCUGCCACGCAUUUCACCUUUUCACGUGCCCAAAACAACCAAAGGCCUGAUUUGGUGAUAGGGUUUCACCGCCGCGACCAUGGAGACGGAGCCCCAUUCGACGGCCCAGGAGGUACCAUAGCCCAUGCAUUUGCUCCAACCGAUGGCAGGUUUCAUUACGACUCAGAGGAGACAUGGUCCAUCGCGCCCAACGCAAAUGCAUUCCACUUGGAGACGGUUGCGCUGCAUGAAAUUGGGCAUCUUCUCGGGCUUGGGCAUAGCUCAGUUGAGGGUGCAAUCAUGUACGCUAGAAUUCAACGUGGGGCAACCAAGAAUUUGCAUGCAGAUGAUAUUCAGGGAAUUAGGGUUUUAUAUAAUGUCUGAAAUCAACACUACAUAGCUGAAUUAUAUACUACGUAUGAUAAUAAGUCUCCCCAGCUAGUUGGAGUUAUGUGCUAGUACUAAGGAAUUCCCUAUGUUUGUUUCUUUAUCCCAUUUUAGUCGUAUUUUUUUCAAAUACAACGUAAUAGUUCUUCAUUUUCUGAA